CGGGCUCAGUCUCCACCCUGAAGUGGGGCGGGUCCGCAGGAAUAAGACCGGCUGCCCAGCCCCGGCGAGGGUGUGACCUCCGUAGCCACUGAGGACAGGCGAAGCCCCGUCUCGGCGCGAUCGAGGCCAUCCCAAUAGGUGUGAGAGGACCUGCUGCCCAGGUGACUGAACUCUGAUCCUGACACAGCAUGGACAUCAGCUCCAUGAAAGCAGGAACCUCGUCCCUCAUGGUCCCUAUUGUAUUCCUCGCACCUAGAAUAGUGUCUGGUCCAUGGCAACCAAAGGAGGCACCAUCAAAGCUGCUUCAGGAUUCAAUGCCACUGAAGAUGCCCAGACCCUGAGGAAGGCCAUGAAAGGGUUGGGCACCGACGAGGAUGCCAUCAUCAGUGUGCUCGCCUACCGCAACACGGCCCAGCGCCAGGAAAUCAGGACGGCCUACAAAACCACCAUCGGCAGGGACCUGAUAGAUGACUUGAAGUCGGAACUGACUGGCAAGUUUGAGCGUGUGAUCGUGGGGAUGAUGACGCCCACCGUGCUGUACGAUGUGGAGGAGCUGCGAAGGGCCAUGAAGGGGGCUGGCACGGAUGAGGGCUGCCUGAUCGAGAUCCUGGCCUCCCGGACACCUGAGGAGAUCCGGCGCAUCAACGAGACCUACCAACUGCAAUACGGGAGGAGCCUUGAAGAUGACAUUCGCUCUGACACGUCCUUCAUGUUCCAGCGGGUCCUGGUGUCUCUGUCCGCGGGUGGCAGGGAUGAAAGCAAUUUCCUGGAUGAUGAUCUCAUGAGGCAGGAUGCCCAGGACCUGUAUGAGGCUGGAGAGAAGAAAUGGGGGACAGACGAGGUGAAAUUUCUAACUGUUCUCUGUUCCCGGAAUCGAAAUCAUCUGUUGCAUGUAUUUGAUGAAUACAAAAGGAUAUCACAGAAGGAUAUCGAACAGAGUAUUAAAUCUGAAACAUCUGGUAGCUUCGAAGAUGCCCUGCUGGCCAUAGUAAAGUGCAUGAGGAACAAAUCUGCAUAUUUUGCUGAAAGGCUUUAUAAAUCUAUGAAGGGCUUGGGCACCGAUGAUGACACCCUUAUCAGAGUGAUGGUUUCUCGAGCGGAGAUUGAUAUGUUGGACAUCCGGGCACACUUCAAGAGGCUCUAUGGAAAGUCUCUGUACUCCUUCAUCAAGGGUGACACAUCUGGAGACUACAGGAAGGUUCUGCUAAUUCUCUGUGGAGGAGAUGAUUAAACUGAAAUCCUGGGAAGAUAAGAGGAUUCCCAAAACCUUGAUAUUUUUUAACUUCAUUUUUCUACACUGCUAUUAGCAUUAUCUCAGAACACUUAUUUCCAAAUUAAAACGCCUACAUUUGCCUCCUA